AAUGGGCUUCUUGGGUUUCUGGUAAUCUCAUCGGCUGCAUCGUGUUGCUAAAGCUGCAGAUAACAUCUCCCGGUGGGUAACUCUGCCCCGACAGCCUGAGGCGCCCCGGCUCCAAGCUGGGACGCCGUGCAGGAGGCCUGGGGGUCGGAGGGUCCGCAGGCAGAGGCAGGUUGGCUGAGACGCAGGACAGUCCUGAGGACGAUGGCACUUGCUGCUGGAACCUACGGGAAAGGAGGGGGCAGGUGGGCCCAGCGGGGUCCCUGAGCUCCCGGAGCGCCUGGACAGCAUGCGGUCUCGGGGGGGCUCCCCCUGACGCCACGCAGAGUGAGGCCCCUCAGCAGGCGCCCCUCACCCGUGGGCAGCGUGCACCAUGACCCAGGGCACCCCGGGGUCCGGGCUGGGCUGGGGCUGGGACACGGAGGAUGACUGGGACGGGCCCGUGCUCACGCUGCUGGCACUGGCCGUGGUGGCGGCCACCGCACUCGCCCUGCACUGGUUUGGCUCUGGGCGGGAGCAGGAGGCGUCAGGACCCGCACCCAUGACCCCCGCGGCCCAGCCUCAGGCGGGAAGGCCAGGGCCAGCCCUGCCCCUGACGUCCCAGGUCGGUGACGGCCGCGGCUCGGGGCAGGGGGAGUCGGAGCCGCCAGGAUGCAGCCAGGGGAGGCCGCCUGCAGCCGGGGCCUGGGACCAGACACUGCGGGAAGGGGGGGUUCUGGUCACCGCAGCAGCACCUCCACUCCAGACACCUGGCGAGGUGACCCGCGGAGGGGCCUCAGGAAAGCAGCAAGGUAAUGCCCCUCGAGAAGCCCCCCGAGGUAAAGGAAGGGAGCCUCUCAGGCCGGGUGCUGCCCUCCAGGGUAGGAGCAGCGGAGGGGGGUCCUCUGGCCCCCUCCUGAUACACUUCACCCCUCGGAGCCCCGGCAGGAGGACGGAAGGGCAAGUGGGGGCAGGUGGCGUCCCAGCCAAGGUGUCAACUGGCCAAGCCGCGGCCCACACCACAGAACAGGACCCCAACCCCCGGCGACAAGGUGCGGGGCUGCCUGGCUCCCUGGAGAGGGGCCACAGCUGCCGGCGGUGGUCGCCCCACCAGGGCUUGGGGGACAGAGACCCCUAUUUCCCCAAGGUGCACCCUGCUCGGCAGGGCGCUGUGCUGAGCGUGUGGGACACGGUGGAUGCCGCCGGCUCCCUGGGGCCUGCUCUUCCCCCGCAGGUGCCCCCUGCUCCCGCCACUCACACCGGGCCCCUGGGGGGGGCGGCAGCCACGGGGUGCAGGGACGGCGGCCUCCCAGCAGCCCCAGGCUCUGCUCCGCAGUCUCAGGGACCCCCUGCCUCCGAGGAAGCCUGGCCCUGGGCGCGGACAGAGCUCCUGGGCCCCGGGAGUGUCAGCCAGGCCCCAGGCUCCAGGGGCCCGAGGCCAGCAGGGUUACGGGGUGGACACCCACUUCUGCCUCAGGGACAGGGGACUCCGGAUGCCGCCGAGGAGGGCAAGGUGGGGGCUCGGGGCUCCGGACACGGCUCCUUCUCUGGCCCAGGCCUGGGGGUGCAGAGCGGCGGGUGGGAGGCAGGGGGUCCCCCCACUCACGAGCCCCCGGCCCUGCCACCCUCACCUUCCCCAACUCCUCCGACGUCCUCUCCCUCAGACUCUUUGUCCCUGAGAGUUGGCCAGUGUCCUGCCGAGGAUGAAACUGCCGGUGUAGGGGCAGCCCUAGCCCAAACCCCAACCCCAGUCCCAGCUGCAGCCCCAGCCCCAGCCCCAACCUCAUCCCCAACCCCAAACCCAGUCCCAGCCCCAACCCCAUGCGUAGCCCCAACCUCAGCUGCAGCCCCAGCGCCAAACUCAUCCCCAACCCUAACCCCAGCCCCAGUCCUAACCCCAGGCCCAGCCGAGGCCCCCCCAUCCCUUGCCCCCAAUAGUGGGUCGGGGCCGACGCCCCAGGCGCACAGGGUGGCUCUCUGCAAGGACAAGCAGGAGGGGCAGCUCUCAAGCAGCUGGGAAAACCUUAUUUCCAUGGUUCUUAGGAGUCACCCUUUCCCCAGGCAGGAGAGACACCAAGGGAGGGCCCCAAGGGCAGCUCCCCAGGGCCCCAGGGAUCCCAGCCCUGGCAAGGCCCCUGAGGACAGAGAGUGUUCUGCCCCGGAAGGGGCGGCCCCCAGCCCGGUGGUCACGGAUGGCUCCUCAGAUGUGGGCGUCGGGGGUGCGGGGGGCGCGGGGGUUGCAGGGAGCCCUGAGCCCGACGCCAGCAGGGCGGUGUUCCCCGGGCGGCAGGGCGGGGCCCCGGGCGGCGAGGCGCGCGCUGCAGGCCGCGGGGCGGUGUUGGGGGCCCCGACGCUCCCGGGCCCCAGGAGCUGGGAGGCGGGGGGGCCGGAGCGGGACCCCUACGCCCUGCUGAGCGACGACCUGCUGCGCGUGCUGGGGGACACCGCCCUGUACCGGCGGCUGAGCGGCGCGGCCCGCGAGCGCAUCCUGAGGCUCCGCACCGGGCGCGGCCAGGCGGUGCUGGGGGUGCUGGUGCUGCCCGGCCCCUACCAGGGCGGCGGGGCGCGCGGCGGGGGCGCGGGGGCGGAGGCAGCCUCCCGGCCGCACCUGCACGUGCUCGACCCGUGCGAGAACACCUGGCGGGCGCUGACGCCGGUGCCGGCCGAGGCCCCGCUGCGCGGCUGCGCGCUGUGCACGAUGCACAACUACCUGUUCCUGGCGGGGGGCGUGCGAGGCUCGGGCGCCGCGGCCGCCUGCUCCAACCAGGUGUUCUGCUACAACCCGCUGACCGACGUGUGGAGCCAGGUGCGGCCCAUGCGGCAGGCGCGCGCGCAGCUCAAGCUGGUGGCCCUGGACGGAAUGCUGUACGCCAUCGGCGGCGAGUGCCUGCGCAGCGUGGAGCGCUACGACCCGCGCACCGACGCCUGGACGCCGCGCGCGCCCCUCCCCGCGGGCUCCUUCCCGGUGGCGCACGAGGCCGUGGCCUGCCGCGGGGACAUCUACGUGACCGGCGGCCACCUCUCCUACCGCCUGCUCAGGUACAGCCCCGGGAAGGACGCGUGGGACGAGUGUCCCUACAGCGCCAGCCACCGGCGCUGCAGCGACAUGGUGGCCCUGGGCGGCUUCUUGUACCGCUUCGACCUGCUGCGCGGCGUGGGCGCCGCCGUCCUGCGCUACAACACGGUGACUGGCUCCUGGAGCCGCGCCGCGCCCCUGCCGCUGCCCGCCCCCGCCCCGCUGCACUGCGCUGCGCUGGGCGACACCAUCUACUGCCUCAACCGCCAGGUCACCGCCACCUUCACGGUGUCCGAGGGGACCGCGCAGUUCCAGGCCCAGGAGCUACAGCCCUUUCCCCUGGGGAGCAGGGGAGUCCUCUGCCCCUUCGUGCUGACCCUGCCCGCAGCGCACCCCCUGCAGACUGCACUCUGAGCAGCUGCCCCCCCCGAGACCCCGGCCGCCCACGGUGUCGGGGAUCCAGAACUCUCUGCCGGGGCUUCUGGGACAACCUCGCUUUUCUGUUAGGAUAAGGCUGCUGAUCCCCUGCAUCGCCCCCAACAGAGGCUUCUCCCCUGGGGCUCAGGCUCUUUGCUCCCGGGAGCCGCUUCCCACCUGCCCACUCAGCGCCGUCCACUCCUUAGGACUCGGUCCCCGCAGCCCACAGCUGGCUCCCCCAGCCCCUCCUCAGGACGGUCCCACAGCACCCCCGGCCUGGGAAGAAGGCCUGGCUGCAGGCCGCGGGGCCUCCAAGCCGGGGACUGAUGUGGCCCUAAGGACCAGGACUUGGUCUGUGGAGGAAGAGGUGGCUGGAAACACAGUCACACCCCUGUGUGUUGUCCUGAGCGAGUGCUUCAAGCUGGGCAGGGCGUCUAUGAGGGAGUGGGAAGGGGGACAAGGGACGGAGAAGUCCCCGGGAAAUGUCCUUGCCUCAGGCCUCGGGAGCCUGCUUGGCUCUUCUGGGAACAACUCUGGAGCCCUCCUUUGUCCAACUGGUCCCCAAGGCCUAGAACCUUGUCUCUGAAACCACUCUGCCGCCUGUAGGCCCUGCCAGGUCUGGCCAGGACCUCUUGGGCUCACACCCCUUGGGGGGGGGUCCCUCCCACCUGCUCUGCCCUGGAAGCCAGCCUCACCUCCCACCAACUCUGGUUCUUACACAAGGCCCAGCUUCUCCCCGAGCUCUUUCCCAUGAGCCACAGGCCUCAACAUUACCUUCAUUCUUCUCCUCUGUGAAACGGGGAUAACGACCAUCUGUCACUCAGGAGACUUGUGAGAACAUACGGUCAUAUUUGUGAGCACCUCGGACAGUGCCUAGGAUGAAUGAACGAUGUUGCCCUUUACCUAUUUUGGAAUCCACCACAGGAAGGCAAAUAAAUCUGACUGACUACUGCUGCCCGUCCCACCGUCUGACCUGGUUUGUCCCUAUCCAGCCCCAUUUUUGCUUUUUAUUCUGCUUGGUGCUGCUGGCACUAAAUAUAUUUAAUUCAUUGAA